AUGUUUAGUGAGACAGUCAAGUCAAAGCUAAAGAGGUUUGACGUUUACAGGAAGCUCCCCCACGACCUGACAGAGCCUACUUUAUCAGGUGCCUUCGUUUCAAUAAUUGCAUGUGCCUUUAUGACACUCCUCUUCUUAACUGAGCUCGCUGAAUAUCUAAAAGUCAACACUAACACAGAAAUGUUUGUCGAUAUAAACCGAGGAGGCGAAAAACUUGUCAUUAAUAUCAACCUUACCUUCCCCAAAUACCCGUGUGGGCUUCUUUCAUUGGACGCUCAAGACAUUAUGGGUUCUCACGUUGUAGAUGUAGGCGGAGCCAUGAAAAAAAUCAGGCUAAGCCCAGAAGGAAAAAACAUACAAGAAGAAGACAUGUUUAAAGGAGACCAUAAUGAAGGAAAUGUACAAGAGGUUAAGAAACAAAUUGAAAGCAGAGAAGGGUGCCAGCUAUUAGGGCAUAUUUUGGUAAAUAAAGUGCCUGGGAAUUUCCACGUGUCAAGCCAUGCAUUUCAUAACCAGCUGCAUAUGAUUAUUGGGAAUGAUAAAUUAUAUAAGAUUAUUAUGCAUUACUGCAGAGGAGAUGUGAGGAGUAUGCUUCGCUUAUUUUAUCGAGCGUCACAGGCCGCUUGAUGGUGCUGAAGUUUUCCAUCUGCACCUAUCCACCUAUGCUGGCAGCCUCAAGAGCCAUGCCAUCAAGCUGCAAUUGAUUCCUGCGUGUGCUAUGCAUAUCUCUCGCUCUGUUUGGAGAUAGUGAAACCCCUAUGCUCCUAAAAAUCAAAGACCAGGCCCCAGAAUCUGUUUCCUUGAGAUUACCUGAUCUAGCUAUUUCAAGAUUUACUUGUAAUAUAUAUGCCCCAUAACAAUAAAACUUCUGAAGGACAGAAAGACUUACUCAAAGACACCAUUUUAUUAUUAUGGGAACGAUAACUCAAAAUUAGAUUUUUCCCAUAUAGUCCAUCACUUAUCGUUUGGGGAUAAUAAAGAUAUUGAGUUCAUUAAGAAUCAUUUCGCUGAAGGAGUUUUAAGCCCUCUUGACGAUCUCAAAAGAAUUAGGCCAGAUUCAGUAAGAGAUCCAUUAUCAUAUGAAUACUAUAUUAAGGUUGUACCGACUACUUAUCAAACUUUGGCUGGAGCUGAGUACUUUGUGCACCAAUUUACUGCAAAUACUAAUGAAUUUUCAGCUCAAGGGAUGCCGGCUGUGUUUUUCAGAUAUGACUUAAGCCCUGUGACUGUGAAAUUCACACAAAACCAAGAAAGCUUUUUCCACUUUGUGGUUCAGGUUUGCGCUAUUGUAGGAGGUGUAUUUACAGUGGCUGGACUCAUUGAUAACUUGCUGCAUACUUCGAUUUCCAGAAUAUUAACUCCCCCCCCCCCUCCGUGAGCGAACAAAACCAUUAGAAAAAUCGCCAUUUUUUGACCAAAAACCCACCCUCCGUGAGUGAACAAAAAUUUUUUUAAUAGAAAAAAUUUUAAUGGAAAAAAAUUUUUGAUAUAUAAGUGAUAAUUAGUAUAAUGAAAUCUAGAGCUAAUUCUGUUUAAUUUUAAACAAAUUGCGUUUUUAAAACAUAAAUUUUGCAAAUUAAAUUAAUAUUUGCUUCCCAAUUUUUGCAAAUUAGGAUUUUUUUAAAUUUCGAAAAAAAUAUUUUUUAUAAAAUUUAUAUAUAAAUUUUUUUUAAAAAAAAAAAAUUAACCCCCCUCCGUGAGCGAACAAAAUUUUUUUGUUCGCUCACGGAGGGGGGGGGGGGAGUAAGAAAAAGAGAUGCUGGGAAAUUAGGAUAA